UUUGUCAGGAAAUGUCAUGUAGUGACAGGAUCAAAAAUAUUUAAUAACGAUAUUAAAUAAUAAUUAAAUAGUGCCACAUAUAAAUGUAAAAAUUUGGUUUAUCACAAAGUAUUCCUAAAAAAUUUUUGGUAAUUUUUGCAACAAUAAUCAAAACUUGGGAAUUUGCAAUGUCUAAUAAACAAAGUCAUGACUCUAACGCUGACAAUAUUAAAGUAAAAAUCUCAGAGCGAUAUAAGCCACCACAUCGAAUUAAUCUUCCUAUGUCAUAUUCUCAAAGAUUAAACUUAAACAAACAAAUGCAAAGUACGAUUCCGAAAUACGAAUUCACGCUGGAAAAAAACAUUCUGGCGAAGAUGAAAGAAUGGAAUUUGGCUAAGACUGCUUAUAAAGAAGAGCGUAAGGCAAGGCUGGACGUUUUGAGAGAAGAAGUCAAAAAAAAGGAAAUAAACCGAAAAGAGGAAGAAGAGAAGGUUAAGGAAGAGCAGGAAGUACAUGCUAGUGAAAUAUCAAAAACAUAUUCCACUGAUAACAGUAUUUUGAUGCCUACACAGGCCUCCAACAUUCUAACUCCAAUUCCACUAGGUUCUCAAGCUUACACGAGCAAGCCUAUUGAUAAAAGCCCUUUUAACAUAUCUGAUUUUGAAGAUGAUACUUCUAGUCCCUUUGAUAACAUGGCAUUAAAAUCCAUCAACGAUUUGGAGGAGUUGGCGCAAGUUUUAAAAACUGAUGAUUCCACCCACAGAAAUACCCCCACAUUUCCCUCAAUGCAAUCAGCUGCUCAAAUUCAGCCAAGUUACAGCACCUACACAAAUAAUAGUCAAUAUUAUGUUCCUAACAUGCCUUACAUGGCCCAGACUUCCAAUUAUUCCCAUACAAACGGUUACUACUACGAUUCAAGCAGAUCUUUUCAUCAGCCAUACUUGUACAAUCAAAUGGAUAAUACUUAUAGUAAUACAUCACAAGAUGCAACCAAGAGUUACCCAGAUAUUAUUAAAUCAUUGGAAACAGAACUGAAUAACACACAUAUAAACAACCAAAAAGAAAUAAAUGAGACAAGGCUUAAAAAGGUUGAGGCUGUAUACCCAAAACCGAAACUGAAAACUAAUGUGGAUGAUUUUUUUUCUAAAUUGCCACAAUCCGAACAGGAUUUAUGCAGAUCAAUUAGUUCCAUGGGAUUCCCCCCAGAGAGGGUAUAUAGGAUUAUUAAACUACUAGGAAGCGAUCAAAAAAAGGUUGUAGACCAUUUGCUAGCACUCACAGAUCUCCUGGAUUUAGGAUUUGCAGAGAGUGCUGUUUCUAGUGCCCUAAUUCAGUGCAAUAAUGACAAAGACAAAGCGUUGGAUAUUUUAAUUGCCUAAGGCUGUGUUAUUCAAUAUCUUUUAUUUGUAUCAGUAAAAAAAUUAUUAUUUAUUUGUAUAUACAUUAUACUGUUAAGUCUGUCCAGUUGUUUUACGUUUUAUGCCGGGUGUAAAAAAAAAUGAGCAAAUACAGUUUGUUUUUAUUUCGGAAUUUGAUGUCAAAAAUUUGAGGGUUUGGUUGGAAAAUACUAGGUACCCUUAAUUUACAAUUGUCUACAAUAAGUAAAACAAACUAAUUUAGUGGAAAAUAUUAUUGUGGUUAUGUUAUAUGUUUAUAAAUUUUGAAAUGUCAAAUAUAGGUUGUAAAGAAAUGAAAUAUCCUUUGAUGAAAUAUAGGUGACUACGGAAUUUCCAGCGUAGAAAUAUAUAUUUAUUUUUUGAUAAUAUUCAGUUUGUCCUUUUAAAAAGAAAUGCAGUAAUUUAUAUGAAAAAAUUAAAAAAUAUUUAAAAGAUUUGUGUGAAUACUUUUGUCCCAUAAAGUCAUUAAACGUUAAAAUCUUAUAGCCGGUUAAUCAUUUCCUUUGUGCCAUUUUUCAUCAAAAUGCUGUUUUGUUUUUAAAAUUUCAUUUUGUUAUCUGUGGCAUUGUUUAUUAUAAUUUUGACAAUUAAAUGUCAAAGUAUUUAAAAUGAAGGAGUACCAAUUUUAAAUAUUAAAAAUACCAAAGUAUAUUGACAUACAGUACCAAAAUAAUCAAAUUCCGAAUAAAAAAACAUGUAUUUUUUAAUUUAGGCUUUGUUAGGAAGAGCUUAAUUGAGUGACAUAUUUUAACGAUUGUUUUUAUCUUCUCAACCAAGGCUGAAUUAUUGAAUAUCAAAAGAUUACUGUGUAAAACGUUAUAAAUUGCGUUCUGACGGUUUUUGGCUCAGCAUUUUACGAACUAAAUCUAUCCUAGUAUGCUUUGUAUUAAAAAUGACCGCGCAU